UUCUGGGAACGCCUACAAGGGAGCAAAUUAGAGAAAUGAAUCCAAAUUAUACUGAAUUCAAAUUCCCUCAGAUUAAGGCACAUCCAUGGACUAAGGUCUUCCGGCCCCGCACUCCACCAGAAGCAAUUGCGCUAUGCAGCCGCCUGUUGGAGUACACCCCCACUGCCCGCCUGACGCCCCUGGAGGCCUGUGCGCACUCUUUCUUCGAUGAACUACGGGACCCAAAUGUCAAGUUACCAAAUGGGCGAGAGAAACCUGCACUCUUCAAUUUCACCACUCAAGAACUGUCAAGUAACCCAUCUCUGGCUUCGAUCCUCAUCCCUGCUCAUGCCCGGAACCAAGCAGCUGCUUCAACCCCUACAAAUGCUACAGCGGCCUCAGAUGUUAACGCAGGAGAACGAGUUCAGACCAAUAGUGUAGCUACAGCAUCAGCCUCCAACUCCACCUGAACCGGUACCAAGCAGCCAGCUGCACAGGAAAAAUCACCAGUAAUUUGAGUCUUGCUCAGCAACACUGGUCACAUUUGGAAAGAAAAUUAAAAAGAGGAAAAAAAAAACCACACCAAACCACAAAACAAAACCAACCAACCUGUUCAUUUUAGUGUUCAAUUUUUUAUUAUUAUUAUUGUUGUUCUUAUUUAACCUUGUAAAAUAUCUAUAAAUACAAACCAGUUUCAUUGUAUUCUCACUCUGCAGGGUGUCCGGGGCAGGGGUCUAGGUGGGGGGAGGAGGGAAAGCGGAGCAAUACGACACACCAAUGUCUCUCCCCUCGACAAUCUCUUCAUGUUGGAAGUUUGCUGUUGUGUACUUCAGAACCAGGACUUUCGCCUCAUGCCCCCUCCCACAACAGAAAGAAGGAAAAACAAAACAAAACAAAAAACAAACAAAAAAAACCAA